GUUAGUGGCCGGAUGGGACAUCUAAUUGAGAUGGCCUCUACUAAAAUCCACUAAAAUCCGUAAAAAACCAAGUCAUUGCUCUGUCACUAUUUCUCUCUCUGCAGCUCCACAUGCACCUGGCCUGGUCCGUACCAGGGCUUAUCUUAUCGCCUUAUCGUGGCCGUCUUUGCCGCAGUCCGACUCCUGCUCCCACUCCCACCACGGCUACGCAGCAUUUGUGUCCGGCGUCCGGCCAUCACACAUCGUGGCCCUCCCCCACGCAACAUGCUCUAAGCCGUAAGCUCCAAGCUCCACCUCUCUGCACCAUCUCUCCGCCGGAUAAUCAACGACUACGGAGUUCGACUACGUUCCAAAAGAAAAGGAAGAAAAAUGACAAACGUUUGGGGCAAACUGGUUAUCCAGUUCUUCAAGUACGCCCCCAGCUAUGUGGUGUGCCUGAGCUUCCUGCCUUGUGGCAUGAUCUUCGGCUACAGCAUUUGCGCCUUUGUGGCGGAGAGGAAUCUGAAAGCCGGGCUCAUCCACUAUGGCCCCUUGAUCCUGGGCGCCUGCUGGGCGGUCGUCACCGCCUUGGCCAUGUUCUCCCUGAAGCUGGUGAAGAAGUGCAUCGUCUACUGGCAGCCCUGGCUGCUCAUCUCCGCCGGGGCGUUCAACCUCAUCGCCAGUUGCUUCUACUUUGCAGAUGGAUUUGAUCACGUAGGUGCCUAUAUGUCGUAUGUGGCCCACAGCAUGACCUUUGUGGCCGGAUACAGUUACCUGCUGACGAUGACCUCCAAGGCGAGUCGCUCCAUCAUGAUCUCCGCCAGCUGCAGUUGCUAUCUGCUGGGCCUGGCUUCCGCCGUGAGCCUCAUCGUGGCCGCCUACAGCCGGAACCAGAAGCAGUUGUCCGGCCAAAGUGCCACCACGGAGCAGUUGAUUGACGGAAUCUAUGUGAACUUUGCCGGAACCUAUUUGAGCGUGGCGGCCGUCAUGCUGGCCAUACUGAUUGGCCUGAAGGUGCUGGACUUCCUGGGCACAGUGGACCUGGUGAAUAGCCUGGACAACGACCUGCGCAUCGCCAACUCCAACGGGAGCAUCUUCGAGAGCAGGGACGAGGUCAUCAAGCGGCUGCAGUUCUUCUACGUGACCAAAAACCAGCAGUGGCAUGUGAUCCUGCUGCUCCUGUUCACGGAGGCAGUGCAGCACGCCCUGGUCGUGUACUUCCUCUACUGGUUCGCCCUGAAUCCGGCCAUCAGACUGACCUCCUUCUCCGGAAUAGACGCCAUGUUUUGGGUCAUCUUCGCCGGCAGCUUAGUGACGCUCCUGUGCCAGUGGUUCCUGUCCGUGAAGGUAACUUUUGUGGGCUCCCAGGUGAGUCUGAUCUUCUGCACCCUCCUGGCCAUGAUCCUGUGCAAUGUGACCGACUCCCGCUGGUCCCUUUGGGUGCUCCUGGUGCUCUUCGGCCUGUCGUACUCCAACCAGACUAUACUCCUCCUGGAGGUUACCCACUUGCGGUACACGGAGCUAGUAGUGGCCGCCUCGUACAUCCUAAAGCUCCUGAACACUAGCAUUGUGUACUUUUACUUUGUCUCCGAUGCCAAGAACUCGUACUUUUACGCCACUGAGCCGAGCACCCUUAUGGCCCAGGGAUUCGUCUUCAUGAUCAUCACCGCCCUGGUGGCGCUGGUGGUGGGCAUGAAGGUGCCCCGCACCCAUCGCACCCAGCUCCUGGAGAUCCAGUACGAGGUGUACGGCAUCAUCUUCAUGAAACACCAGAUCGAGCAGCUCAACGUCCGGUGGCUGAACGACGGCACCAUACCCACCAUUAGCCAGUGACCCAGGCCAGGCUGCCCACCAAUCUAAAUACAAAUACUCAGUAUUUAAUUGAAUUUUUUUAUCUAAAAUAUAUCAAAUAUAUGUACGUAUUAAUCAUUUAA